AUGUCGCUCGCUUCGCUAUCUUAUGGCGUGCAGACUGCUGUCGCGUUGAAACGGCACGUUGUUUGCUUUACAGGAUCAGAAGAACCUCCAAAUACCGAGCUCAUCGCGCAAUUGGUUUCUCCAGUGGCAUGCGAGGUGUACUCCGGUCCGCUUGAGGCCAUGGCCAUGUGCAUGGACCAAGGUGAGGAUGUUAAUAGUAAUAGCAAUAGCAAUAGCAAUAGCUAUAGCAAUAGCAGCAGCAGCAGAAGCGGUGUCUUGUUGUACAUCAUACAAUUUCCAGGCGACUCGAAUGAGCUGGACUCAGAGUCGCAAUCGGAUUUCGCGCACUGGCUCUACAGGUGCUUUCAGAAUGGGGUUGCGGUUAUUCUUGUAUGCCAGCACGACCCGAAUAUGAUUCCAUAUUUGAGACACCAGUUCUGGUAUGCGUGUGGUGAGUCGAUAGGGGAGUCUGAGCCGAUGGCUCUUGAUUCUACGGCAUUGUUGAACAAUGUUCACGUCCACCACACGAUCAAGCGGUACAUAUUGGAUCUUAUUGUGCAUUUGCGGAUGCACAGGCUCAGCAGGCCCAGUCAGGGGGGUGGUGCGCACUCUCGGUCUCUAGCAGAUAUGAUGCUGCUGUGUAAAUGGAUCGCAUUGCAGUCGAAGUGUUCGUUUGUGACUCCGGAUAUGGUGCAGAUAGCGUGCCAACGGUACUUUCCGUGGCAUUUGCAGCUCAUAGAAUCGUCCAGAGAGGACCCCAGCGUGAUGUAUGGGUCGCGGGAAGACCUGGUGGACGAGCUCAUUAGCAAGUUCGACACGUUCGGCCUCAAGAUGCAGAAGGAGUACAACAAUCCGUUGUUCAAGCAGUUGUGCGUUGUCCAAAGCGUCAUGAAAAACGUUAUUCCGGCCACAUGA